CAGUAGUGCAAAUACACUGUUUCUUUUGUUGAGGACUCUUCUGAACACAGAAAGGACUGAGCUACAACCUUUGGAACGACGCAUCUAAACAGCAGCUCGUCGUUUACUCUCUGACAACAUGUGUACUGGAAAAUGCUCCCGUUGCAUUGCGACCACUCUGUACCCAUUAGCGAUCUUAUCGAUCAUCUGCAACAUUGUGUUGUUUUUUCCUGGAGCGGAAACCCAGUAUGCCAAAGAUGGACAUAUUACUGAGGAAGUGAAAUACAUGGGGGGACUUGUUGGAGGGGGUUUGAUGGUAUUGGUUCCUGCCAUGUACAUUCACCUAACUGGACAGCAGGGAUGCUGUGGGAACCGUUGCGGGAUGUUCCUAUCAAUUUUAUUCGCUGCAGUGGGCGUAGCUGGUGCCCUGUACAGUGCUGCUGUGGCAGCGCUCGGAUUGCAUAACGGACCCCUCUGCAAAACCGUUCUGAUUUGGACAACACCUUUUAAAGACAGGGACGCUAACUACUUGAAUGACAACACGUGGUGGGGAGUAUGCACAGAGCCUAAGAAAAUUGUACAGUUCAACAUAGGGUUGUUCGCCACCCUGCUGGCCACGAGCUGCCUGGAGCUGAUUCUCUGUGCCACUCAGAUGAUCAACGGACUUGUUGGCUGCCUGUGUGGAACCUUCAGCAAAGAUGGGCCACUGUGAGUGCCUCACAAUUGACUGGCCCUCUCUGUUGGAAGAGUCUUCCCUGCUGCAUCUUCAUGAAUAUUCACGUAUAAAUGGAUUACUGUCUUUUUUUUUUACUAUGUUUUUAUACUGUAUAUCCCAGUGCUUUAUACUGUACUAACUAACAGAUCUGAAAUGUAUUGCAGCCUAUUAUGUUGUGAAAACGGUCCACUAUCCGAAAUAAUUAAUGCUAGUUAUGUUAGUUUAACAUAGAUUAGUGAUAUUUUGUAUUGGCUCAUUACAUUUAACAUUUCACAUUAACCUUUUUUAUUGUGCUCUUCAGUCGAACCACUUUUAAAAAUAGUAAAAUAACACAGGGAACAAAGUUUACCUCAAUUGACACCUUUAAUGCAUUACUACACUUAAUAUCAGGAUUGAUAUCUGUACAAAUAUUUGAGCAUCAUUUCAAAUUGUUGACAAUUCCUGAACAAAUCUUCAUUUUCAACUGAAAAUGACGGAAUAUGACAGAUUUCUAAAUGGCCAUCUACUAAGUCCUGCAUACACACUUGACCAGGCGUGUUCAUCACUAAUAAAGGUUACAUGAAAACACAGGUGAAAUGUAGAGAUUUAAAAGACAAACACUGGAUCCCAAAAGAGGAACAUAACACUGGAACAAAAACAGUCACCAUCACAUCCUGGGUUUGAUAUGUACACAAGAACAAGGUGAGUUUUGAUUAGCCGGUGAACUGAAAAUGGUUCAGGCUCACCUUUCAAAUAUUUACUGUCUGUUGUUUCCUUCAAGGCACCGUCAACACUGUUUGAAAAGUAAGUCUGCUCAGUGUGAAAAGGAAGCAAAUGUUUUUGAUUAUUAUUAUUUUUUUCCCCAGAUUUGUAUUUUUUUGUGACCAAACCAAGCUCUGAUCUAGACUUUGUUGUGAAGUUAAUUAAAAAAAACAUUAUCACAAUAUAUCACAGAUGAACUGACAUCUGGCGCUUCACAUUUUUUAAAUAAAAUCCUAAUUUAAUACGUAACAGACACAGCGUAUACAGUGUACCUGUAUACAGAGCAAGUACAGAACUACUACAAAUGACUGGCAGAGAAACAUAGUUGUGCAGAUAUGACUGUGUUGAGGUAGACAUUGAAUAAUGUUGCUCCAUACAUAUACAUAUACAUAUACAUAUACAUAUACA